AUGCCCACGAGAAACCUCAUCACCUACAACACUCUAAUCUCCUCAUUCUCUAAAUCCCCUCAACAUGCCAUUUCAUCUUUCAAACUGUUCAGAGAGUUAUCUUGGUUUGAUCUUAAGCCUAAUGCAACGACUUUCACGAGCCUUGCACAUGCAUCGGGGUCGAUUGAGGACCCAUUCGUUGGUGCUGGAGUGCAUUGUAGAGUUUUGGCUUCUGGUUUUUAUGGGAAUGUGCACGUGAAGACUUCAGUGCUUGGGAUGUACUCGGAUUGUGGAGAUGUUGAGUCUGCUGACCGGGUUUUUGAUGAGACGGAGGAGAGGGAUAGUGUUGCUUGGAACUGUAUGAUUUUUAGUUAUGUGAGGAGCGGGAAUUUUGGUAAUGGAUUGAGGAUGUUGAAUGGGAUGAUGAGAGAUGGGUUGUUGCCAAAUCGUUUCACGUUUUCGAUUGUGUUGAGUGCUUGUGGGAGGAUGGGGGAUUGGGUUAGGGGCCGAGUUAUACAUGCACAUGUUAUUACAUCUGAGAUGCUCGUUGAUAACUCUUUGGAGAAUGCAUUGCUUGAUAUGUACUCUAGUUGUGAUGACUUGUCAUCAGCUGUCUCUGUAUUCGAGAGCAUCGAGAAGCCGGAUUUGGUUUCCUGGAAUUCAUUGAUAUCUGGGUUUUCAAAUUCUGGGGAGGGAGAGGAGGCCAUGGGUGCUUUUGUCCGCUUAAAAUCUUUGUCUCAAUUUGAAGAGAUGAAGCCAGAUGAGUACACAUUUGUUGCUAUCUUUUCAGCUACCGCUGCUUUACCCUACAUUUACUAUGGAAAACCUCUACAUGCUGAAGUUUGUAAAGCAGGGCUAGAGGGAAGUAUCUUUGUGGGGAACACAGUUGUGAAUAUGUACUUUAUGAACGAGGAUCCUUGUGCUGCUUUGGAUAUCUUCAGAUCAAUCCCUGAGAAAGAUGUUGUCAUUUGGACGGAGAUGAUUGUUGGUUAUUCAAGAUUGGGUGAGGGUGAAUUAGCUAUUAAGUAUUUCAGUAGUAUGCUAGAGGAAGGUCAUAAAGCUGAUACCUUUUCCCUUUGUAGUGCAUUGAGCUCAUCAGCGGACCUUGCAGCAUUGAGACAAGGAGAAAUGCUUCAUGCACUGGUGGUGAAAACAGGGUAUGAAGAAAAUAUGUGUGUCAGUGGAAGUUUGAUCGAUAUGUAUGCUAAAAGUGGUUAUCUGGAUAGAGCUUUUUCAUUGUUUCAUAGGAUUCAAAACCCAGAUUUGAAAUGUUGGAAUUCAAUGAUUGGAGGGUACGGUAACCAUGGAGAUGCUGAACGAGCAUUUAAGCUAUGCAGUCAGAUGAAAAGGCAAGGAUUAGACCCCGAUCAUGUCACCUAUGUUUCUCUUCUCUCUGCCUGCAGCCAUCGCGGCUUAGUUGAUAGAGGGAGGUUUUACUGGUUUUGUAUGAUGAGUGAUGGUGUGAUCCCAGGUGUUAAGCAUUAUACUUGUAUGGUAAGUUUGUUAAGCCGAACCGGGCUUUUGAAAGAAGCCAAGGAGAUGAUAGUAAACUCACCUUUCGGCAGAAAAUACCCAGAAUUAUGGAGGAUUUUGCUGAGCUCAUGCAUCAAUUUUAGGGAUUUGGAUAUGGGUAUUUAUGCAGCGGAGCAGGUGCUAUGUUUGGAGCCAGAUGAUAGUCCAAGCCAUAUUUUGCUCUCAAAUUUGUAUGCUUCUAUCGGGAGAUGGGAUGAUGCAGCUGAGAUUAGGAAGAAGAUUAGGUUGUUAAUGCUGGAAAAGGACCCUGGGUUAAGUUGGAUUGAUGUAAAGGGAAUUGUUAAUAUUUUUUCUGCUGAUGAUGAAUCUCAUCAACAAGCAGAUGAUUGUCGAAAUGAGUUGUUUAGAUUGCAGGCAAACUUGAAAAAGUGGGAAAUAUCUGAAAUUAUAAUUAAUAUUUAG